AUGGGCUACAAAUCGGAACUCAAAAGAGCAUUUUCUUUCCUAUCCGUACUCGCCGUAGGCUUUUCUAUCACAAACUCAUGGUUCGGAAUAUCAGCAAGUCUCGUAACAGGUAUAUACUCCGGAGGAACCGUGGUGACUGUCUACGGCAUAUGUUUAAUCGCCCUGAUAUCCACAUGCGUCGCUAUUUCCUUGUCAGAAAUGGCCUCAGCAAUGCCAAACGCCGGCGGCCAAUACUUCUGGGCCAGUGAACUUGCACCGCGGAAAUGGUCGAAUUUCCUGGCUUAUAUAACCGGGGGGGUCGCUUGGGCCGGUGCAGUAUUCACAUCGGCUAGUGCGACGCUCUCUGUUGCGAGUGCUCUUGUUGGAGUAUAUCAGAUCUGUAACCCGGAAUUUACAUUUAACCCUCUUCAAACCCAAGGAAGAUGGCCAAUCUUCAUAGCCUACGAGCUACUCAACCUUUUCGCCUGGUUCUUCAACUGCUACGGGAAAACCAUCCCACCAACAGCUCAGAUCACCCUCUACACAUCAUUAAUCUCAAUGAUCGUGAUCACAAUCACCGUUCUCGCAAAAUCCAGCCCCAAGAACAGCGCAGAGUUUGUAUUCGCAACAUUUAGAAACGAAAACGGCUGGUCUUCACCAUUCAUCGCUUUCGUCGUAGGCCUAAUAAACCCUAACUGGUCGUUCGCCUGCCUCGACGCCGCAACCCAUCUAGCAGAGGAAGUACCCCGGCCGGAAAAAGUCAUCCCCAUCGCUAUUCUAGGUACAGUUGCUAUUGGAUUCGUUACAUCGUUCGUCUAUAGUAUAUCUAUAUUCUUUGCGAUAAAGGAUAUAGAUAACGUCUACCUUUCUCCAACCGGGGUUCCGAUCUUGGAAAUAUUCAAGCAAGCUUUACAAUCGACUGCGGGAGCUGUAGUACUAGAAACUUUGAUUAUAUGCACCGGAAUCGGUUGUGUAAUUGCCUGUCAUACUUGGCAAGCUCGGCUGGCUUGGUCGUUUUCUAGAGAUCGUGGCCUUCCCGGGUCGAGAUAUUGGGCUGUAGUGCACGAAAAAUUGGAUGUGCCGCUGAAUGCUCACACUUUGAGCUGUGUCCUUGUUGCUAUUCUUGGGUUUCUAUAUAUUGCAUCGUCUACUGCGUUUAAUAGGUGA